AUGAAACCGACCAAGCAUCACCAGCCCCGGUCUUCGCUGCCACCAUCGAAACCACCACCGGUGGUGUCCACCGGAGAGCAAAGCGGGGCCAUCGACGCCCACAGUAACGCGCUGCUCGCGGAGGCCUUGAACGGGCUGGUCAAGCGGGUGCGCCAGCUCGAGCACGACAACGCCCGCCUGAAGAAGCGCCAGCGCAAGCACCGCGAGGCCCUGCGCGAUCUACGAUCGGGGAGUAAACAGGCAUCUGAUCGCUGUAGGCCGCAGCCGUCGCCCGUGGUCGUCGAUCAUGUGGUGCUCCAACACUUUCCGUUCCUGUGGGACUACGACCUGCGCGGCAGACCCUUCGUCGGUGCCGACCCUAGGAAGCCGACGCUUGUGUGCUCGUUCGCCGGACCGCUGCAAGCUCGGCCGAUGUUCGUCAACCCGCAGCUGUGCCAUCUGCUGGGCCAUUCGCAGGAGGAUUUGCUGUUCUGCGACCCGCGCAUGUACGUCAUCCUCGUGCCCGACAAGACCUGGCAGCUCCACCGCCUUCUCUUCGGCACCGGGUAG